AUGGGCAUUCGUUUUAUCACAAUUCACAGUACAGGCGUAGCUUAUUUACGACUUUGCCCCUUCUUGGAUAUGAUAUGGGGUAGAGUCAGGUGUGUGAUACUUGAUUCUGAAACAAGCCAUAGUUCAACAAUGUCCCGAUAUAAUUCAGAUUGCAAAGUUUAUGUGGGAGAUCUUGGAAACAGUGCUUCCAAACAAGAAAUCGAAGAUGCUUUCAGGUACUAUGGACCUCUUAGGAAUGUUUGGGUUGCCAGAAACCCACCUGGUUUUGCUUUUGUGGAAUUUGAGGAUCCAAGGGAUGCUGAAGAUGCAAUGGCAGAAGCGUAUGUGGAAGGAGAGCUAGAGUUGAAAUGUCUAAUGGUAAAGCUGGAACUAACCGUAGCCGGGGACCUCCUCCAAGAUCAAGGGGGCGUCCGUUUCAUCCCGAGGAUAGGUGCUAUGAAUGCGGAGACAGGGGUCAUUAUGCCAGAGAUUGUGGAAAAAACAGAAGAAGCCGCAGAGAUAGCAGAUCUCGUAGCAGGUCCAGAAGCCGUUCCCGUGAUCGUCGCACCAGAUCCCGUAGCAAUUCGAGGUCUCGCAGCCGUUCUAGGUCUGGCAGAUCGAGGUCAGCACCGAAGAAGAGCAGAUCUCGUUCUAAUGACAGAGAAGAGAAGCGCUCUCGUUCUCGCUCCCAAAGCAGAUCUGCUCCCAAGGAAAACGGGAAUGGAAACAGUAGCGAAAUAGAAUAGAUUGUAAUAGUUUGAUGUUGUGUAAUGUGUAUAUUACAUUUCUCAUAGUUUAAGGGGAAACCGUAUAUUUCAUUACUAGUCCGGAAAAUAAGGAUUUUUUCGUGCGCUCGCAACAAAUUUGAGGGGCAGCUGAACACAGGAAGCCAUGCAAGAACGGAAAAAUCCAUUUCUAGAUGUGUAAUGAACAAUAUUUUUUUAUUAUACUUAACUGGAAACAACAUGAACAAAAAUUUCAUUCCAUAAACAACAUUUCUGGUUUUCCAGGGUGAACAACCCUCUUCACAAGAUUUGACUGGCACAGAUGCAAUAUUGAUUGAUGUCUUAUAAUACAGAAAAUGUUGAUAAAAUUUUAAAGUUUCAAUUAUAUUGGAGAAGUCAGUCAACUCUUGACUAGACCCCCUUAACUAUUAUUAUUUCAAUUAUAAAUUUGCUUUGUAAAGAAAAGGAAAUUUAUUAUAAAUAAACUAAUCUGGUAUUCUCGGUUUUAAGUCAAAGAAACAUGUAAGUUUUCAUGAUAUUGUUGUGUCAAGCAUUAACUUCUUAUGGGAGCAAACCACAUUGGAAAGAAUAGAAAUGACAUAAGAUUUCAAAUUUGGAUAUAACACUUUAAAUUCCAUUGUUUGCCUUGGAAUAUUUUAUCAGUUUACCCUGAAGAAUCUAUUUACAAAUUUAUUUUAUCGAGUUUAAAAAUUGAUUGUAUAGCGUACCUACUUUUUAUUAUUGUUUAUAUUAUUUUAUAUACUUUUAAUUAUUAUGUAUUUUAAUAUACUUUUUUUUAUAUCUUGUCCAUUUUUGUUAUGGAUUAAUGUCUUGUGUUUUGGCUCGAUUCAGAACUAGGUCUAAAAACGUUUAAAAUAAUAAUUCACACAAGUUAUUAGUAACAGCAACUAAAUUGCAAAAUUGUUUUGAUCAGUUCUUGAAUUACUUUUUAUUUAUCGCCUUAUUACUAUUUAUUCGUUAGUUUUAUCAAGUAACAUUAUAAAGACAAACUUUCUUUUAAUAACAAUUGUUAUGUUUCCUUAAUAUCUGGGAAUAAUACGACUGUGUAACAAAUUUUGCACGUUAGACGAUUCGAUUAUAGAGAAACAUUUACUACAGAUAAAUAAUAAAUACGACGAAUUUAUAUGAAAGACAAAAAACAAACGUUUUCGACAAAUAUUUUAAUUCAUCAAUACUAAAAAUAGGAAACACUUGGAUUUAAUAAUUCAAACGGAUGCUCAACAAUCGUUCCAAUUCGCGGCAAACAUGAAAAUUGCCAAAAUUUGAAUACCUGAACUGAAAUCUUUGUAGAUUAGGGAGUGGAUUUGCCAUAAUCCAUUUUCAUAUAAAUUUACUCGAACUUUUGCUGUUCCAGUGUUAAAUUAUUAAAGUUCUCAAUACAAUUGAGUUUAAUUUGUCGAAUUGAAAUUUUUGAAUAAAAAUUAUCACCAAACGUUUAAAUUGAGCAAUUUAAAAUUAUUGAUUGAAAUGUUUUAAACCGUCGAAUUCACUUUAAAUCAACUAAUGGUAUCGUAUCUGGCAUUCAAUAUUAAAUAUCUACCUGUGUUUGUUUCAAAAACCUAGAUCAUUCAAAUUGUUUGCUGUACUGGAAUAAUUCGUGAAAUAUUUUGUUGAUAAAAGUAUAAAACUAAUGAAUAAAAAAUAAGUCUUUUAGAUUUUGAUUAAAGCCAACACAAAUCUUUAUGUAAUUGCUUAGAUUAUAAUUGUAUUGUGAAUGUAAGUAACUUUAAUUAAAUGGCUUAGAA